UUAUUUUAUUUUUGGUUUUGUUAUUUUUCUCAUCGACGUCUCCCAUUGAAAAGUUCAAAGUUCGUGAAUUAUAUUUUGACAUGUCUAAAUAUUGUUCAUACGAAAGAUCAUUGAAAAAUUGUUAUUUAGAAGAAUAAUGAAAUAUUGUAAAGAGGUGUUGUUGUAUAUCGUGACAGUUCUCACCACGACAUACUGGAAUAAUAUCUACUUUAUUGUUUUAGAAGGGCGAAGCUCCCAUUGUGUUGGCUGCGGGGGCCGAAUUCACGACCAGUGGAUUUUGAGGGUGGCACCGAAUCUCGAGUGGCACGCCGCCUGUUUGAAGUGUGCCGAGUGUCAGCAAUUUUUGGACGAGCAUUGCACCUGCUUCGUUCGCGACGGGAAGACCUAUUGCAAGGGAGAUUACGUCAGAUUGUUCGGUACGAAGUGCGACAAGUGCAGUCAGUGUUUCAGCAAGAACGAGUACGUGAUGAGGGCAAAGACCAAGAUCUACCACGUGAAUUGUUUUCGUUGUUCAGCUUGCAUGAGGAAGCUUUUACCGGGCGAUGAAUUCGCCCUUAGACAGGACGGACUUUUUUGUAUGCACGAUCACGACGUACUAGAAAGUGGAAAAUUUUGUUCGGCUACUGGCGGUGUACCAGGCAGCGAGAACAACAACAACGCUUCCUUAACAAACAAUAAUCAUCAUUUGCAUCCAAACGACGGUUCGAUGUCGGACUCUGGAUCAGAGAGUGGUUCUCAUAAGGCCGGUGUAGGUGGUGCAAGAGGAACCGGAAGUCACAAGAGCGGUGGUGGUUCCGAUGGAAAACCAACACGAGUUCGUACGGUUUUAAACGAGAAACAGCUUCAUACUUUGAGAACGUGUUACGCUGCAAAUCCAAGACCAGACGCAUUGAUGAAGGAACAAUUGGUAGAAAUGACGGGUCUAAGUCCAAGAGUGAUCAGGGUAUGGUUUCAAAACAAGAGAUGUAAGGAUAAGAAGAAGACGAUAGCGAUGAAGCAACAAAUGCAAGAGAAGUGCUUUCCGUUGCAGGACGGGCGUAAACUGGGUUUCGGCGGUAUGCAUGGGAUCCCAAUGGUGGCGAGUAGCCCUGUGAGACACGAAAGCCCCAUCGGCAUGACCCCUUUAGAAGUGCAAGCCUAUCAACCACCUUGGAAAGCUCUAUCGGACUUUGCCUUGCAUACGGAUCUCGAUAGGUUGGAUCCGAAUGCACCAGCCUUCCAUCAUUUGGUUUCUCAGAUGCAUGGAUACGACAUACACGGAGGAGCCCCGCCACAGCUCCCACCUCCAGGAAUGCUCGGUGGUCCAAUGAACGACGGGGGUGGCGGUGGAGGUGGUGGUCCUUUACCUCCGCCAGGUCCCCAUCAUCCUGGAGGUGGUGGUCCAGAUAUGGGACAACAUCCUGACAGUACCGACAGUUACGUCACUUAUCUCGAAAGUGACAGCGAUUCGCUGCAUCACGAUACGGGUAGUCCAUAGUGUCGUACCUAUCGUCUAUGGCUCGCUCAUGGCAAGACUCUAAGUCUACCACAGUUCAAGAUAAUGAUCAACGUGGUGUUGAUCGUGACCUUAAGAUCUCUCCAUUGACAAGAAAGAAGCUUGAUGACGAGUAAUGACGAGAAGAUGAACGGGAGACUUGUGAACGAACAUUCGAUCUCUUUCUAUUUCUCGUUCGAUUUCUUUUUCUGUCUCUCUCUCUUCCUCCUUGUAUUUUUUUUUUAUUUCCCUCUUUUAUUUUUUUUUUAUUUCUUUCUCUGCCUUAUUGUCGUCGUCGUCGUCGUCGAUGAAUUCUAUAUAGGACAAAUAAUGCUCAUGGAAGCACACCGAUGUAGAUCCGUUUAGUAAGUUUUAUUAGAUGAAAGAAAUAUAAGGGGUUAGAGAAAAAGUGCGAAUCUCCCGAAAUCGAAACUUUAGCUCGAGACGAAUAGUAUUUAUUUAGAAAUCUACGAACAACGAUAGUAAGUAUUGUAUUAUAGGAGGAAGAAAGGAUAUACGUAUUAAGGAAAAAAUUAUGCUGAACAAUGAAAGUUUGGUCAUGCGAACAAGGAAUUGGCUACUGCGAUCAACCAAUUUCUAAUUUCUUUUCACAGGACAAAUUGUGAUCAGUCCUUUUAAUAAAAAAUUGAUCGAUUGUGGGACUCGAGUUUUUAAUUCAAGCCAAUAGUGAAAUAUUUUGCGUUAGAGAAAAAGUAUAAUGCGAAUCUUUGUACUUUUUAUUAUAUAUUUAUAUUGUUUUCGGGAAAUAUUUUUGUUUUUGCUUAGAACGGAACGACAAAUUUGAUUCGAUAAUAAAAUUAAACGAUGUAAUUCUUUUCUCAAUUAAUUAUAAGAUAUCAUUUCUCUUCACUCAAAAAUCUAGAACAGGGCUUCCCAAAUUUUUGUGGCCUGAGAACCAUUUUUAAAAAGAAUAAUUCUUAAAUAAAUUAUUUAAUUCUCCUAAAAAAUAUGUACGUGAGUGAACUACUUUAAUAUUUGAAAUAUUUAACACGACGCAUGCUUUGGCAAUCUCUGAUCUAGAAUAUACGAUUUAUUUGUGAAAAUAAAUCAAUCUUAUCCUUGUUCUUGAAAAUUAAAAAAAAAUCAUCUUGUUAAGCUUGCUUUUCUCGUUGCGCUAAAUCAUAUUAUUAUAAUUUCAAGUAACAAUAACAAGCAGUUGUUUCAACUUACACUUACAAGACUCAAAGAUUAAUCACAGAAUAUCAUAUUUAUUUGUUUUAAUAGUAUGGAAUUCAAUGGCCAAAGUAUUUGAUCCUCGACAAUUCUGAAAUACUUAUCGCAUUUGGCCUCUAAUAGGACUAACAAUUUUGACCAAACACAGCACCUAUCCCAAAGGGUGAGAGGAGGCGAGAAAGAAGGCGAUAAAACAAAUCACCGAUGGUGUUUAAAAAAAAAAGAAAUAUAAUAAAUAUUUCCAACGAUAGCGCGUACGAUGACAACUCUUGUACGAAGUGUACAUAAUUAUUGUUAACGUCGUUGCUGUAAAUUGAAUUGAUUUUAGGAUCAUUAAUAUGCUCAGGCCCAAAUAAUAAUAAUAAUAAUAAUAAUAAUAAUAAUAAUAAUAAUAAUGAUAAUAGUAAUAAUAAUAAUAAUAAUAAUAUUAACAUAAUUACUAUAAAUAGCGAAUGACGUAUACAUGCUGAUUUUAUAUUUAAUAGUUACACGCUAUCCCGAUUAUGUUGUAAGUUCAUAAACAUCUUCUCAGAAACUUAAAUGCAAUCCUUAAGUAUCAUUCUUUUUUCUUCUUUUUUUUUUAAUUUUUAUUUUUAUGUUUCAAUGAACGUGCGUGUGCAAGGUAAAAACUCUUUGACGAUUUGAUUUCAACAAAAAUACAGACACAAAAAGAAAAAAGAAAGAAAGAAGGAAAAAGAAAAAAAUACCAAAGUGUGCGAGCUUAAAGAAAAGUAAUGGGAGAGAAACGCACUAAAUUGUAAAUAAAAUACUCCGGUAAAUUAGAAUUUAUAAUUAGGACAGUUCGUUUGGUAGAAAUGGCGGGUCGUUUUGUGUGCGCACACUUUUAUGCUCGCCAUGUUGGGUGUUUGUAUAGAAACGUUACACGUCGCUCUCUUGUAUGUACAUGUUUAAAAAAAGAAAGAAGAAAAAAAGAAAGAAAAAAGAAGAAAAAAAUCCAUGUAGUUUUAACGUUUCGUAAUUCUUUCGAAAACAUCUUCGAAUUUGUAUAAUAUUUCUAUACCGGCACACUGGAUGUAAUAAACUGUCUAAUUAAUUUGA